UGCCUCCUACUUACGCGCCUGCUUGCCUUAACUGCUGAGUAGCCCUGCCAGCGGAGAACUAGACAAAUAGCGGAAGAAAUACGAGGCAUAGUUGGAAGGGCAAACGGAGCUAGAGUGAGCGAGUUAGUGAGAGAGGCAAGCCGGGGGUGGACUGUACGUUUCAGCCAGUCGGAGCGUCUUGAAUGCGCGGAGGAGAGGCACUACACAUUGGCUAUAGGCUACAGCUGUAACAUCACCUCGCCUGGACCCGGCACCACACAUCCACAAACUCUUUUAACCCCGACUACAAGCUUUCCAAAACACAAAACUAUGGAUCCUUAUGACGGAGAGACUGAUUACAUGCACCAGGAGGACGACUGGGACCGCGAUAUGCUCUUGGAUCCUGCAUGGGAGAAGCAGCAACGAAAGACAUUCACAGCGUGGUGUAACUCUCACUUGAGGAAAACUGGGACACAGAUUGAGAACAUCGAGGAGGACUUCCGGGAUGGACUCAAACUCAUGCUGCUGCUGGAGGUCAUCUCAGGCGAGCGUUUGGCCAAACCAGAACGAGGAAAGAUGAGAGUUCACAAGAUUUCAAACGUAAACAAAGCCCUGGACUUCAUCGCCAGUAAAGGAGUCAAAUUGGUGUCUAUUGGAGCAGAAGAGAUUGUAGAUGGGAAUGCUAAAAUGACCCUGGGAAUGAUCUGGACCAUCAUCCUUCGCUUUGCCAUCCAAGACAUCUCUGUGGAAGAGACAUCGGCCAAAGAGGGUCUUCUGUUGUGGUGCCAGAGGAAGACAGCUCCGUACAAAAACGUCAACAUCCAGAACUUUCACAUCAGUUGGAAAGAUGGUUUGGGCUUCUGUGCACUCAUUCACCGACACCGUCCUGAACUCAUCGACUACGGAAAACUACGCAAGGACGAUCCAAUGACCAACUUGAACACAGCCUUUGAUGUUGCAGAGAAAUACCUGGACAUCCCCAAAAUGUUGGAUGCAGAAGACAUUGUAGGCACAGCCCGUCCGGAUGAGAAAGCCAUCAUGACCUACGUGUCUAGUUUCUACCACGCCUUCUCCGGGGCCCAGAAGGCGGAGACAGCAGCCAACAGGAUCUGCAAAGUGCUGGCCGUGAACCAGGAGAACGAGCAGCUCAUGGAGGACUAUGAGAAACUGGCCAGUGAUUUGUUGGAGUGGAUUCGCCACACCAUCCCGUGGCUGGAAAACCGAACGCCGGAGAACACCAUGCAGGCAAUGCAGCAGAAACUAGAGGACUUCAGGGACUACAGACGUCUCCACAAACCCCCCAAAGUCCAAGAGAAGUGCCAACUGGAGAUCAGCUUCAACACGCUACAGACCAAACUCAGACUCAGCAACCGGCCCGCGUUCAUGCCGUCCGAGGGCAAGAUGGUGUCCGAUAUCAACAACGCCUGGUCCAACCUGGAGGGGGCGGAGAAGGGCUACGAGGAGUGGCUCCUCAACGAUAUCCGCAGACUGGAGAGGCUCGAACACCUCGCCCAGAAGUUUAGGCAAAAAGCAAGCAUUCACGAAGCAUGGACUGAAGGUAAAGAGGAGAUGCUGCAGAAGAAGGACUUUGAGACGGCCUCUCUGUCGGAGAUCAAGGCUCUGCUAAAGAAGCACGAGGCGUUUGAGAGCGACCUGGCGGCGCAUCAGGACAGAGUGGAGCAGAUUGCAGCCAUCGCACAGGAGCUCAAUGAGUUGGACUACUACGAUUCCCCAAGUGUGAAUGCACGCUGUCAGAAGAUCUGUGACCAGUGGGAUGCUCUGGGGAACCUGACUCAGAAACGCAACGAGGCUCUGCAGAGAACGGAGAAACUGCUGGAGACCAUUGACCAGCUGUACCUGGAGUUUGCCAAAAGAGCGGCUCCUUUCAACAACUGGUUGGAGGGCGCCAUGGAGGACCUCCAGGACACCUUUAUAGUGCACACCAUCGAGGAGAUCAAGGGACUAAGCACAGCCCAUGACCAGUUUAAGGCCACACUUCCAGAGGCGGACAAAGAACGAAAUGCCAUUUUGGGAAUCCACAACGAGAUUGCUAAGAUCGUCCAGACCUACCACGUCAACAUCGCUGGGACCAACCCCUACACCACCAUCAACCCUCAGGAGAUCAACUUCAAAUGGGACAAGGUCAAACAGCUGGUGCCACAGAGAGACCAGGCCCUGAUUGAGGAACACACUCGUCAACAGAACAACGAAAGGCUGCGUUUACAGUUUGCCAACCAGGCCAACGUCAUAGGGCCCUGGAUCCAGACCAAGAUGGGGGAGAUUGGCCGUAUCUCUAUUGAAAUGCAUGGUACCCUGGAGGACCAGCUCACAAACCUGCGUCAGUACGAGAAGAGCAUCGUGAACUACAAACCAAAGAUCGACCAGUUAGAAGGAGACCACCAGCUCAUCCAGGAGGCCCUCAUCUUUGACAACAAGCACACCAAGUACACCAUGGAGCACAUCCGUGUGGGCUGGGAGCAGCUCCUCACCACCGUCGCCAGAACCAUCAACGAGAUCGAGAACCAGAUCCUGACGCGAGACGCUAAAGGCAUCAGCCAAGAGCAGCUCAACGAGUUCAGAGCCUCCUUCAACCACUUCGACAGGGACCACACCGGCACUCUGGGCACUGAGGAGUUCAAGGCCUGCCUGAUCAGUCUGGGCUUCGAUAUCGGCAACGAUGCACAGAAGAGAACAGGCAUCAUGGAGGCUGAAGACUUCAAAACCUGCCUUAUCUCCAUGGGUUACAACCUGGGUGAGAAUGAGUUUGCCCGCAUCAUGAGCAUCGUGGACCCAAAUCGCAUGGGCAUCGUUACCUUCCAGGCCUUUAUCGACUUCAUGUCCCGAGAAACAGCAGAUACAGACACAGCCGACCAGGUCAUGGCCUCCUUCAAGAUCCUGGCUGGAGACAAGAACUACAUUUUGGCCGAUGAGCUUCGUCGCGAGCUUCCUCCGGACCAAGCCGAAUACUGCAUUGCCCGCAUGGCCCCUUACACCGGCCCCGACGCUGUACCUGGUGCUCUGGAUUACAUGUCCUUCUCUACAGCUCUGUACGGAGAGAGUGACCUUUGAACCCUCUAUCUGUUACUAUAUCCUCAAAUGGGACAUCCAGCCGACCCACGCCCCUCCCACACACAUACACACAUACACACACUCCCUGUCCCGGCAUCUUUUGUAUGUCUUUUGCCUUAUCUUUUUGUCCCUCUCUCCCAUCCAUAUGCCCACUGCUCCCUCACAGUCUGUCUCCGUUGUCAUGCAAUGCAGCAGAAGCUCUCUAAGUUUACAAAGAGGGAGCGAGAAAUGUUUGUCUUUUGUUUGUAUUUUCUUGUCGUCAUUGUUUUUUCUUCAUAAAAAAUGAAUAAAGUUAACAUAUUUUAUUAUACGGAACGAAAAAAGGUAUUUUUCUUCAUCUGAUUGAAAAUAUGAGACAAUUGUAAUAAAGAGAAAUUGAUAUACUUUC